GUGCUUCCUCCCUGGUCCCGGGAAGAGCCGCGCGCCAUGGGGACCUGGCGGCGUUUAUUGCUUUUUGGCAGAGUGUCACUUCGGGGUGUUUGCGGGGCCGCUGUCCCGUCUCUGGGGCGCCGAGCCUUGAGUUGUGGGCGCCAGUUAUUAGGCGCUGAGGGUGAGGCCUUGAAACAAAGAAGAACACAAAUCAUGUCCCGAGGACUUCCUAAGCAGAAGCCCAUAGAAGGUGUUAGAGAAGUUAUUGUUGUGGCCUCUGGAAAGGGUGGAGUUGGAAAGUCUACCACUGCAGUGAACCUUGCUCUCGCACUGGCCGCGAACGAUUCGUCCAAGGCGGUUGGCUUGUUAGAUGUAGAUGUGUAUGGCCCUUCCAUUCCAAAGAUGAUGAACCUGAAGGGAAAUCCAGAAUUAUCACCAAACAACCUAAUGAGGCCUCUUCUGAAUUAUGGUAUUGCUUGUAUGUCUAUGGGAUUCUUGGUUGAAGAGACUGCGCCACUUGUUUGGAGAGGCCUUAUGGUGAUGUCAGCCAUUGAGAAACUAUUGAGACAGGUCGAUUGGGGUCAACUGGACUAUUUGGUUGUUGACAUGCCACCAGGAACAGGAGACGUGCAGUUAUCAGUUUCACAGAAUAUUCCUAUUUCAGGUGCUGUGAUCGUCUCCACACCUCAGGACAUUGCGCUGAUGGAUGCCCGCAAGGGUGCAGAGAUGUUUCGAAAGGUCCACGUGCCCGUCCUUGGCCUUGUCCAAAACAUGAGUGUCUUCCAGUGUCCAAAAUGUAAACACAAAACCCAUAUUUUUGGUGCUGAUGGUGCAAGAAAACUAGCGCAGACCCUUGACCUUGAUGUCCUAGGAGACGUUCCCUUACACCUCAGUAUCAGGGAAGCUUCAGACAUGGGUCAGCCAGUUGUGUUUGCACACCCUGAAAGUGAGGAGAGACUCAUCACCAGCACAGACCACAGCAUGUAGCUGACCGUCAAUGGACGUUUGUGUGAGUGAACAGCAAUUUAAGAUCUCCCUGGACUGAGGAAAAGCAGCAAGUAUGAAUUAGGACUCUCUCCUGUCCAUGCAUGAUGCUCUGUCCUGAUUCUGUGGAGGCCAUGGAAAGGGAAACCCUGAUUUCCCAUCCCUUGUGUGCGAAUUAAGCAAAGGAGACAAGCAGAAACUCUCUCCGAGCCACAUUCAGCUAGAAGGGGGGAUCCUGGAGGCCUAAGAAGACUGAGGAGGCCGUAGGUGAAGAAGAAGAACCUGAGUAGGCAGAGUGAGAAGAGCUUUGCAGGGAGAAGGAAAUGAAACCAGAGACGAGUCCAGCAUGAGGCAGAGGAGCAGGGAAGAACUGUAGGUGGAGAAUCCAGAGCUCCUGUGAGCACCGGAAGGUCGGCUGGGUCAUUUGGAAGACUCUGGAAGCCAGAGAGGCCUGAGCUUUGGAUACCUGCCUGAAUAAGAGAGUUCAGUGCUUGUCUGAAGGUAGUUUAGGAAAAGGUUUUUAAAGUCAUGGCAGGGAGGACUGGACAGGAGAUGGCUGUCCUGAGAAUGUCACACCGUGGCCAUUGUAAGCAUCCCAGAAUGAGAUGGCGAGAGCUGGGUAAGGGAUGAAUGAACGAAGAGAAGAGAAGGUAAAUCCGGAGGGCAUUUGGAAGCAGCGGCAGGCUGGUUCUCUGCUGGAGAUGUACUUUAGGAGUCUGAGCUGCAUGUUCCCCGACUUUACAAGAAGCUGCUCCCAGGAGCCAGUGGCUGUGACAGGGAUGGCUGGUGAGGACGGGGCUUCGUGACAAUGGCCUUCCUGCUGGUCUGACUCCCCUGCCUUCCCUAGGGCUGUCUUCCUCUGGACUUUGUGCUCACCCCCCAAGCAGCUGCUUCUCCAGCACAGGGGCCACCUGCUCCCUUCAGUAGCUGAAUUAUGUCCAGGUAGUGGUUACAGUUUGGAUGGAAGUGUCCUUCUAGCUCCUGUGCCCAAGGCCUGCACCCUGGUUGGUGGAUUGAUCCAUUGGGUUAUUAGGGAAGGAGGCCGAGUUGGAGGGAGUAGGUCACUGUGAGCAGAGGAGCCUUGGAAGGUUAUUUCUCAUCCCAGGCCUACCUACUACGCUCCCUGCUUCCUGGCCACCAUGAGAGGAACAGCUUUCUUGCACGUGUCCUUUUGGCAUGGUGUUCUCUCUGCUUGUUAUAAAACACCCUCUUUUCCUUUUCCUGGUGCCCUGAGCCAGUGCACUGGGGGUCUCAUUUUAAGAAGUACUGACUCAGAGAAUGCUCCUAAAAGCAAUGGAGCAUGGGCUGAAAGUUCUGAAACCAUAACCCCCCCCCCCACCAAAUCUUUCCUUCUUUAAGUUGUCUAUCUCAGACACAUUUUUGUCAGUGACGAAGCACUAACUAAUCUAAUGAGUGAAGGGUCAUUGAAGUCUUGCUGCCUUGCAGAAAGUAGAGUCCCUUUUGGUCCAAGUACAAGACCAGGUGCUUUGAAUGGAAGGCAGGAUCUCACAGAAAAAUUUACUAUUCUUUUUUAAUGUGACAGUUUUUGGAAGCUGUCUCUAAGGCCUUGCAGUCCUCCUGCCUUCAUACUCCCCCCCCCCAAUGGCUUUUCUUUAUUUAUUAUUGGUUGGUGUGUGUGUAUGUAUGUGUGUGUGUGUAUGUGCAUGCAUGUACAGGUGCCAUCAGAGGCCAGAAGAGGGCACUGGAUUCCUUGGACCUGGAGUUACUGGAAUUUUUGAGCCACCCAAUGUGGAUGUCAGGAUCUGAACUCAGGUUCACUUAAUUGAGCAGAAAGUCCUUUUAACCAUUGAACCAUCCCUCUAACUCCCAAUGGCUUUUCCUCAUGGUCUUAGAAAUCUUCAUAUUAAUCCAAAAGUCAUCACUUUUCAAAAACCAGGAGGGUGACUGUCCUGGUGACCCUUGUCCACCACUGCUGAGCUCCUGGUCUGGAACCUGGAGCCUCGUUGUUAUGACUUAUAAUUCUGGGGUCAUUUCCAGACAGGCUGCCUGCUUGCAUAGUUCAGUUUUUCAUCAUCAUUUUGGGGCUGUUUGCUUGGCCUUUGCUAUUGCUGUUGCAAUAGUGUUUGGGAUCUGACUUCCUGGCAAGCGGUAGGAUUUGGCUGAGAAAGCUGCCAGAGGCUGAGCCCAGCUGCGGGGAGGGCCCAGACUUCAUGAAGAGGGAAAGGAGAUUGGGAGUGGGCUCGGAGGCAUCCUUGGGCUUUCUGAGCCAGAAAGGGAAUUCAUAAAGCAACCAGCUUAGUUGGCAUUUGGGAACAUUCCCCAAUGGUAGUGAAGGCUGUCACCACCAUAGCUUGGCUUCUCUUAGCCUUAAUUCCCACUGCCCAACAGACUGGCAUGCUAUUGUGACCUCCUAGCAAAAUGGUUGCAGCUCUCUUCAAGAUGAGCUUCAUCUGAAACAAAUCUCAAGGCAACCUGAGUGUGUGACUCAUAUUCACGCUCCCAUUUGUAAGUCAGGACCUUGGCGAGGGUUUUGGGGGGGGGGUGUCAAUGGGCCACUUUCUGAGUGUUUCCUUUAUUCCCUUGCCCGUAUCUGGAGGCAACAGUAUGUACACUGUGCCCAUGCCCCAAAUACUGGUCUUCUGAUGCUUAAUCCAACAUGCAUAUUGGAAGGGUGUUAUCAACACUAAAAACUUUCAUUUAUCAGGUUCCCUCCUUCAUUGUAAGGCAAGAAACUUCUGUCUCUUAGCGGCAAGAUGCCGUAAAAAUUAGACACCUGGAAGUUCCUAAACACUUCUCUUCAGGGCUGUUCUGGGUACAAUGAUGUCACUGUCGAGCAUUCAGACGUUCAAGGAUGUAGCCGUCUUUCUACCGUCAGCCGAGGCAAGUCAGCGCUGUUCAGUGGGAUCAGUGUCUUGAACAAAGGGAACCCUUGUUCUGAUCCCAGCUGGCUCACUGUACAUCAGAGGAGCCGGCGUGCAGCCCGAUUGGCUUUCAGUUCCUCUACCCCAAAGAUACUGGAACCCCAUGUCCUCCGGAGCCAUGCUGAAGACAGGUGUACACAUUUCAGGUUCACACAAAAGGCCAAAGAAAGGGCAGUCCUUAAGGUCGAGUCACGUGUUUGGAGAACUACACUGCUAGAUUUUUAAAAUCAUGUGAACAUCACAGAGGAUACUCACACACUAAGACGGUUGCAGUGUUCCUGGGUAUAGAGCCCUGGGACCUCCAUCUUGUGUACGCUGUCUGCUGCUUCCCGAAAUGCUAUACAGCACGUGACUGUAAUUUUCUGUGGUCCCCUCCUUGGAAAUCGCGAGGAGAAAGAUCUCUCCCUCAGUCUGCUUCCCCAGACCUCAGACAGGAACUCUUCACUCUCAAGUCUGUCCUCUUCUCCGUUGUCACAGGGCAGCUGCGGCCAGUGCUAUCAAAUUCUAUCCACCUGUGUUUCUGCAUGGGCAGCGCAUCCGCAAGAACAGGCAGCUUGUCUCCGAGGCAGGUUUCCUGGGAAGAUGCAAUUAUUCACCCAGCUGGGAAGCAAUGAAUACAAUUUCUGUCCUCUGGAGCUAGCUGCCUACUUACUCCUCCACACUCAGGUUUGGGGAUAACUGGCUUUGUUGGGUCACCUGACUUUGAGGCUCUGGCUGUCUAAGGUCCCUUGCCCGCCUGGGUCUCAGAUCCAACCCCAGCACUGGUCCUUGAGUUAGAAUGAGGUCCCUCUGCAUGCAGACAACGCUUUGAGUCUCAACUAGUCCAGGAGGCUCCUCUCAAGGGUCUUUCCCUCCCUCCAACCCCCUAAGAUGACCUCAGAGGUUUUCAUGGCCGUCUUUCCUCAUGGCUGAUAAAUUACUAUGUGUGUAUCCUCACCAGCCGCCCAGGAACAGCCCUACGGAAGCCCCAUGGAAUGGUGCUGGUAAUGAGUCUGAAGUUAGCCCGGAUUGGUGGGAUACAGCCUGACAUGAAUGGCAGCGCCCUCCUUAGAUGUCGAAGGGAGGGGUGAUAUGCAUUCCAGAUGUUUGUUGUCUCUGCACCUCUGUAAGAACCUGCUUCUGUGGUCUUAGAUGGAGUGUUUUUGUGGCUUUAGAGAUCUUUAUUCAGCUCAAAGAUUUUCCUCCUGAAGGCACGGCACUAUUUCUCCCCCCCCCACCCCCCGAUAAGAAUAGCAUAUUUAAAAGUACACAUUUGUACUUUAUUAUAACUGCCCUUCCUAAUGCAGAGAUUUUUGGAGGAAGGAUACUUUUUUUUUUAAUGCCACUGAGUUCUGUGGAAAAACAUAGAAAUAGGUACUUGAAAUUUUUUUACCCAAUAAAUAAGGCUUUACUGGUAAUUACUAUAUGCCAAGCAUAUAAAAAUGAAACAACACAGACUCUGCUUGCAAAAAGCUCAUAUUCUGGGCUGGAAAAGUCACAUGCUGACAAGUACUCUAGCUGUAUCGUGAAGUGUGCCCUCCAAGGGAAGCUGCUAUGGUGUUCUUGGAAAUGGAAAUGUUUUCUUCACUCAUCUUCAUUUUCUAACGAGGCUGAGCUGCUGUGGGAAGAUCUACAUCUUUCCAGUUGUAUUCCAGUCUCAGCUCAGAGUGUCCAAGAUCCCCGGGCCUCUCAAACGCUUCCCCGCCGCAGCCCCUGAGCUGUCUGCCGUCUCCACUGGAGAUGGCAGCCGUUCUCAGACUCCUGUGGUCCCCGCUGCAGCUUGCCCAGGCUCCCUGUGUGAAGUGUUUAGCUGUCUACCUGGCUCAUGAGCAGCCUCCUCCCUGCGCCUGAGACCUCAGGCGCCAGCCUCACCCCUUCGCAUUGGGAACAUGGUCUGAAAUCAGCACGGCUGCUCGCUCUUAGCACUGUCCUCUCAGGCCAGUCCUGAUCCCUGAGUGAUCUGGCAUGCCCACAACCAUUUCCACCAAGAGUCACUGUGUCAGAGGCAGUCACCCAAGCAGCUGUGACAUGGUGUGAGAGCUGGGAAAUGCCUGGAUCCGUUUGGCCAUGUCCAGGUAUUUCACAUUUGUUUUCAUAGUGAUUCUGGGCUGAGUUACAGUGCUCAUCAGCAUGUUUGGCAAUACAGAGACACAGCCUUGGCCUGGAGAAGGUUUCAGCCAUCUGUUCUUUUAAAUGAUAGGAAGGAGGAGAGUGGAUUUGCUAGAACCUGGAAAACACAGGAAUGCUUUCUGAAGACUGUGGUCCUGGUGGAAAUUUGUGUUCCUCCACAGAAACAGAACACAGGUUAUUGGUUUCUGAGGACUUGGGGAAGAGAGUGGGGAGUUGGAAUUAAUGGCCACAGAACAUCUUAGAGUAGGGUGAUACAAAUAUUCUAAAUAAUUGCCCAACUCUUCAAAUACCAAAAUCUACUAAAACAUACCCUAGCUAAGCUGGGAGUCAAAUCCAGGGCUUUGUGCAAGCUAGGCAGGUGCUCUAACCACUUUCCUCCCCCUUACCCUAAAUUAUGAAGUUCAUAAAGGAGUCUUUUUAUUGUAUAGGAAGUAUAUCGCAAUAAAGGUGUUGUUUUUAAAAGGAACCCAUUCUUUAUAGCAAAAAUGAAUCUGAAAGGUUAGUUCACAUUAAUAAAGCAUCUACUAUGUGCUAGCUUUUUCUGUGUGGUUGGAGACACAUGAGAGCAAGAGAGGCACUCAUAAAUGAGAGAAAGAACCUGUAGCUCCUAAUAACCAAAGGAUGCAUUGAAACUUGUAGUUAUCACUCUUAGGACUUGCCUGGAGUGUAGAGCCAGGUGUACACACCCAUGGGGGGGGUCACCUUUGUACUUGUUUGUAGGGAGGCGUUGACUGUCUCAGCAAGCCACAGGUCCUUUCAUCUCUAGGGGAUGCCUUACUGAUGAGCUCGUGCAUCUCAGUGGUUUGAUGGUAACCACAGAACAGAGCAGGCUGCAUCUCUCUUCCUCCACCAUGUUGAUGAGGCCAUCAGACUUUUCUCUGGAGCUGUUGGCCAGAGAUUGGGCCGCACCCCUGAGGUAUGGCCUGCAUGCCAGCUUCAGACUCCUCCUUAGGUUACUAUACCAAAUUUGCAUCCUCAUUUUGAGGGGUUAAGUCAGCUGGAAUGGCAGGAUGCCCUGGGCGCACAGGUCCUGCUUCUACCUUCUCUCUGGAAGACUGGAUCUGUCUUGAGGGGAAGCACGGUGUUGAUGUGAAGUUGCCCUCAGCUGUGGUACCUGACCUCAACUCCAUAGAUGACCCAAAUCCACAGAUCUCAGAAUCAAUCCUUUUACACUCUAUAGGUCUUUUUUUUAGCUUCUAGAAAUGUUCAACAUCUGGUCUUCACCCAUCCCUCCAAACCACAACAAGACAAGACCCUGAAUGACCCCGAUAAAUGCAACCUAGUUGUCCAACACCCACCUCUCCCCUGCAGAACAAAAUCAAUUGCAACCAGAUGAGAGUUUCCAUAUGGACCAAAAGGACACCAGCCAGUAGAACAAAGGGACAGUGUUGGGAAGAUGUCACCUGGCAGGGAGGGAGGCAGGAGUCCACAUCUUGGGGCCCACUGGCUGUGAAGUGCUCAGGGAUGUGUGUACCCCAGGGAAGGGAAGCUGGAGGAGAAGCCAGUACAGUUCAGUGCUGUGUUUGGCAACUCCACAAGGAAAGGGGUGGUAGGAGGACAGGAAGACUCAGAGCUUCUAGAAAGCAGACACUUCCCACUUAAAAGCUGUCUGAGGAGUUGGGUGGGCACUCAGGAGGCCUGUGAAGACCUGGGCUGGAUGGGAAGUUCAUUUGGCAGAGAGAAUAGAAACAAGACAGUUCAUUUUCUUUUUGAUGAAGUGAAACCAGCUUAAAAAAAAAAAAACCAACUGUUGUAACCACAGUCUAUUUCAUAGAUAAAUGUACAAAAGUACCAUUGGCUAUAGCCAUCCUCCCUCGGGAAUUGUGCCUUGAAAAUCAUGUAAGUGGCAGUUUGAAGGUCAUGGAUGAGUUUGAUUGCGUUGUCUAGCAGGAGAAGAAAACAUGCGAGCAGAAAGGGAAGAGUUUAAAAUAACAAGGGGAAAUCUUUCAAUAGAGCUAUAGAGCUGGGUAGCAAACCUAGUCCAAGGGUUAAAAACAAGCUUUUCCUCCAAAGUUUCUAUGGUAACUAGAGAGAAUCUACAGCAAGCAUGUGGUUGAUGGAAUACUUCUAGGCUAAUAGGUAACAGUGAGUAAUUCAAAGUGACUUUGUACAGGCUUCGAGGCAGGUCAUGUUUUAGCUGCUGCUUCCUUUAUUCCCAGCAAAAAUUAGACAUUGAAUUCGGUAAGACUUCAUUUACUGCAGGCCCUGAUUUAUCUCAAGAGCAGGAUCUUGAAAGCUGGUGUUGAUCCAAAUCACUUGGAAUGAAGAGAGACCUCCCCUCUUCUCCCUUCCCCUGCCUUCAACAACAGUUUGGAUUCAUUUGACACACAUGUCAGUGUUAAUUUGGACAGUUAGAAUAAUGCUUGUGACUAACUAAUUUUAUCUGUACACAAAGGAGAAACACAAUCUGCUGAGGUCAGUUGGAAGCUACUUUAUACAUGGCUAGAAAGUGGUGGAUACGGUAGGAGAGAGGGGCCUAGAAAUGAUAUCCUAACCCAGCCCAUUGUGGCCAGUGAAACCAGGGACAGAGUGCUGGACCUUUCUGUCUCAGUAACUCAUAAAUUGACCCAAUAGCCAAAGAGUAGAAUUGACCCAAUAGUUGGCUGAUGGAUUAAAAGAGAUUAAAAUACCUAUUGUGCCCAUAAAAACCUACCUACAAACAUACACAUUUGCAACAUAUACCCCAGUGUUCUUUUUCUAUUGCAACUUUGACUGAUAUAUUCCCAACUCCUUGUUGUAAGACCAGAAAACCAUGAAACCAAAACUUUACAAAGCAAAAAUGGGGAAAAAAUUGCAAACUGAUAUUCUUCAUGAAUGUAAAUACAAAAAUUCAUAAGCAAAAUUUAUAAUAAGAAUUUUUUACAAAUAUCUAUUGAGAUAUAUAAACUCUGGUUAAAGUAGAAUCAUCUAAGCUACCACUACUACCAACACUAAUACAUCUUGAGCCCCACAUAGUGCUAAACGCACGUGUGGAUUAUUUCAUUCCACGCUCCUAACUUGGUGUCAUUAUUUUAUAGUGUAGCUUACUAUAACACAUAUUUAGUCCUAAAUCACAAGGCUAUUAAAUGGUAGAGUCUUGACUCAACAUAAACAGUCUUGCUAUAUAUUAAAAAAAUAUGGUUUUACCUUUUAUAAAAUAUAUUUACGAUGCUUAUUUCUUUUCUUGCUUUAUUGCACUGGUUAUGGCCUCUAUGUUCAGUGAUGACUACAAACAGUCAGAUAUACAUCCUUGCCUAAGGCUCAUCCUCAGCAGGGGAGCAGCCUGUGCUUUGGUGCUAAGUAUAGUGUUUGUUGUAAUUUUUAUAGACGUUCUUUAUCAUACUCAAGAGAGUUCACUUCCAGUUUUCAUUUAGAAUUUUUUUUUACCACAUACAAAUAUAGAAUUUGCCAACUUAUUCUUCUGUUCUAUUGAGACAAUGGUAUGGCUUUUCUCUUUUAUUGAGCUAAAGUAAUGAAUUUUCAAUGACUGAUUUCCAAAUACUUCACUUUUAUUCCAGUCAUGAAUGUAUUAUUGUUCUUAAAUUUUUAUUACCAAUUUUUAUGUUUAUGGGAAAUAAGGGCCUUUGACUUUCUUUGCUUCUAUAAAAAGGAGUUGAGAAUGUAUUAGCUGAUGUUCCGUGGGCAAAAGAGCCCUUGUAUGUGUGCAUGCCACCAGGAAGGGCCGGCUAGGUACCCUGUGCAGAAGCUGGAGGGCCACUCAACGGACUUUCUCAGAGAAACCACAAUGUUACUUUUUCAACUGACUGUUUUAGAUAAUAGAUAAUAAUUUUCUUAAAACCAGCUAGUUGUAGUUGUUACUCAUAUCUACCUUCAAGUAACACCUAGAUGAUGAAUGACGCUGUCAGAUAAAACUGAGCCUCUCAGGCUAGCCUUGUAACUUAGGUUACGUUUCCUCAAGUCACACUUGAAUAUCCAGAGACAAGAACAAAGCCAUACUCUGUAAAAUGUGGUACAAUGACCCUGUGUAUAACCAAAGCACCCACUUUCAUCCAGAGGAGGGUGCCAAGGCCUUGAGUGAUCGUCACUGUUCUCUUAGAUAGUCUAUAACUUAAAUACUGUGACAUAAAGUUAACUAAGAUUAAUAGAACUUCUGUUAAGUGAUAUAAGGCUAGGAGAAGGAAGGAAACAAAAAGAUCUUGCAUAUAAAAAUGUUUAUAACAAAAUAAGAAAGAACUACUCAUAAUAAUUACAGUCUUUAUUUCUACCGUUUGUCACAUAGCAACGGGUGGGUGGUAUUUAUAACUACUCUUCCUCCACCCUCUCCAUAUUCCCUUUGCCUUCAGCCAGCACAUUAGCUGAAUAUGGGGUUUGCCUAGUGAGGUGACCCACACUUUCGUUCCUGAAGAGAUGGGCUGUUAUCCCAUUACUUAGUAGUACUGCUCCGACUGGGUUGCUGUAGUUUUCUAUCCACUGACCGAGUUCAGAGAAUGGUAGCUGUUAUUCGCCCAGGCUCCUAAAACGAAGUGUCAUAAGAUGGGUGACUUGGACAACAGAAGCUUUGUCACAGUUCUAAAGGCUAGCCAGUUUGGUUCUAAUCAGUGUCUUCUUCCUGGUUUGCAAAUGGUGCCGCCUUCUUGGAUGCUCACAAUAUAGAAAAUAAGAUAGUCUCCCACAUGAGGUCACUGAUUCCACAAGAGUUCAACCCUAACAAAUUCAUUUCCUUUCAAAAGCACCAAUUCAAAAUGCUUCCAUAUUAGGCUUAGAACAUGUGAAGUUAAGAGUACACAGGCAUUUAUCUUUAUAGCAGCAUUACUCAGAAACAUUCUAAUGGAUUUCCUAACAUACUGUUCCUGAACACCUUCAUACAGUACCAGCCCAAUUUCUGCUUGACAAUCAGGACCAACACUCCCAGCCAGCACAGUAAGCUCUCUUCUUGCUUGUUUGACUGAGAGGAAUGAGGAAUCCAAACUGGCCAAAUGCCAGUCAUAAUUUCUAUUCCACUGGAAUCAUUGGUAGGAUUAUUCUCAUUAGAACGAAGAACUCUAGACCAGCAGAGGCUAUGAUCACAAGGACAAGAAACAAAUAUUUUUCUACUGGCUCUCUAGAGGCAAAAUUGAGUGGUGUUCCCCAUUUUCUCUUACUGAUCCUAGGUCUAUGAAUCCUAACUGUGUUAGAAGGAGCAUUAUAUAUUCCUUGCCAACUCAGUGCAUUCCAUAGCCUUUUGAAGGACAUUACACUACACUACAUUACAUACACUACAUUACAUACACUACAGGUGUAUAAGAUAUUAUUGGCUAGCUUAUGCUGUGAAAGAAUCCCCUGAAGACUGUUUUUACCAUUCUUUUCUCCUGUGUGAGGAUAGAGCAUUACAUGGCCAUGUUACUGUGAUUGUACAUCAGUUGCUGUGAAGUGAGUUCUUUGAUUUGAAGCAAUACUGUGUGGAAUACCACAAUGGUGAAUGAGGUAAUUGGUAAGCUUAUGGAUGAUAGGUUUAUUAGAGGCAUUGUAUACAAUAUCUAUAACCACAGAAAGUAGAUUCCAGUAAGAACAAAGCAUUUAUCUUUCCAUAGUGGAAGUGGUCCACAUAACAAGGCAGCUGGCUGCCUUAGUUAGGGUUUCUAUUGCUGUGUGAAGACACACCAUGACCAAGGCAACUCCUAUAAAGGAAAUUUUUUUUGUUGUUGUUUUGAGACAGGGUUUCUCUCUGUAGUUUUGGUGCCUGUCCUGGCUCUCACUCUGUAGAUCAGGCUGGCCUCAAACUCACAGAGAUCCGCCUGGCUCUGCCUCCCGAGUGCUGGGAUUAAAUGCCUGUGCCACCACCACCCGGCUUAAAGGAAAACAUUUAAUUGGGGCUGGCUGGUAGUUUCAGGGGUUUAGUUCAUUAUCAUCAUGUGGGACAUGGCAGUGUGCAGGUAGACAUGGUGCUGUAGAAGUUGAGAGUUCUACAUCUUGAUCUGCAGGCAAGAGGAAGUAAACUGUCCCACGCUGAGCAUUGCUUGAGCAUAUAAAACCUCAAACCCGCCUCGGCACUUCCGCCAACAGGGCCACACCUCCUAAUAGUACCACUUCCUAUGGGCCAAGCAUUCAAAUACAUGAGUCUAUGGGGGCCAUAACUAUUUAAACCAUCACACUGGCUAAUUGCCUCAGGGAACAGUACAUAUUAAAGACAAAGUUUCAGGCUCUGCUGUGGCCAAUCAGAUGCUCAACAUUAGCUAUGUCCAGAUUGACCUUGGAGACUAGAGGUCCAUCUUGCUGAUCCCAUGCUGUCUUCUCCCCUCUACCGUGACCACUGUGCCCAAGAGCUCUUUGGACAUACAGCUCGAGGGAAAGGCAGACUGUACCCCAUGAUGUAGUCACUGUUAAAACACUCCUCUGAGAUCAUCCUCUUUUGAGCAUUCACAAGGAACACAAAUGACUUUUUUCUUUCUUUGCCUGUUCAGAGAAGACCAUCCACCCAUCUCAUCCCGGAACUCCCUUGUUGCUAACUUUCCAUUCAUGUUACUUCCAAGAGAGUUACAGCACAAAAGGGAAACUCUCAGUGUUCUUUUUUGCUUCGAAAGGGAAGUAUGAGUUUAGGUUCAUAUGAGGGUGUGCCUUCAGAUGCCACUCAAGAUCAAUACUAUAAGUAUGCUCCCAUUCAAUGAUUGUGGUAGCUAAUCUUGGUUGUCAGCUUGACACACCUGGGAAGAGGGAACCUUAAGUAAAAAUUAUAUCCAUCAGAUUGGGCUGUAGCCACUCCUGUGCGGCAUUUUCUUGGUCACUGAUUGAUAUAGAAAGACCCCACCCUCCAUGGGCGGUGCCAUCCCCACCCUCCGUGGGCGGUGCCAUCCCUUGGCAGGUGGGACUGGGCUGUGUAAGAAAGGAAGCUGAGCACAGUCCAGUGAGCAGCACUCCUCAUGGUCUCCUCUUCAGCUUCUGCUCCAGGUUCCUGCUUUGACUUCCCUUGGUGAUGGGCUGCAGUAACCUGUGAGACAAACAGACCUUUUCUUCCUCCAGUCACUUUCAGUUCUGAUAUUUUACCAGAGCGACAGAAACCAAACCAUAAUGAUGGAGUGCCGAUGAGUACUGUGUCCAGAGCUUGAUGCCUUGAGUCUGACAACACCUGGUUCAUGAUGAGAAGCUUGGGGAGGUGUAGUAAAUGAUUGUCUCCAGGAACCACCGCCUUUGAUCAACCUAAUGCCGUUUCUCAGAAAGAAGUAGUAAUCCACAGAGAGUGUCAAGACUCCAAAUUCUUCGGAUCUGGGUUGUGGUUUGCCAACAAGGGCCUGUGAAAGCCCCCAAACAGCAUUUCUGUGAGCCACUAAUGCCUCAAGCACCACAGCAUCUACUUAGGAGACGGCCUCAGUGGCAAUGCAGUUUCUGUAGUAGCCUGGACCUACUACAGAGCCUCUUCUUGUCCCAGCCACACUCAAAACUAAGGUCUUCAUGUACAUAGUAAUUGGACCAAAGAAUUCACCAGACUUAGGCAUAUGGUGGCCGUGUGAUCCAAUGAGGCCCUAGUAUGUGUAUGCCUCUAUCAUGAUUGUAGAGGUGGCCAGAAACAUCAACUUUUCCUUCAUUUCAGUGUGCUCCACACCGUUGAACUGUUAACAUUUUCAUUGAGAUGUCUGAAUCUUUGUCAAUUUUAUUUCCCAUUUUAGACAGUUUGUUACUUGGAGCUGAGUCUAGUCAGUGUAAUGGACCCAUGUGGUGCCUUCUGGAAGAGGAAGGUAUCAAGUUGCCCACGAACUGAAUUUUAACAUCGGGCUAGAGAAUCGACUCACUCCAAGGUGAGAUCAUAAAGGCACAGUGCUAGACUCAGCAGCCGGGGAGAAGGUGCUUGUGAUGGUCUUAUUUGUGGGGAUGAUGACGAGACGUUCACCAGCUCACUCAUGGUACGCAGGUACCAGGGCCUGUGUUAAAUUGCUCAAGCAAUGAAAAUACAUCUGGAAUAUCUGCUGCUGCCGUGAAUGUCUCUUUUGGUUAAGCUUAUAAUCAAGUGUUCAUCAGAUUUCUAUACAGGCCAAUAGGCAAGCUGAGUGGGGCUAUGGUAAGAAUCAAAACACCUCAUUUUUAGAAGUUCUUGGUGUGGUGGCAUUUCUUCAUCAAUGUUUAAGAGAAUGUGGUGGAGACUCUCUGGCUCUGAAGUUUUCUUUGUGAGAAAAUGUGGUGGUAUUGUGUUCCCCAAUAUAUUGUGCACCCUAAUAAACUUAUCUGGGGUCAGAGAACAGAACAGCCACUAGAGAUAGAGGCCAGAAAAUGGUGGCACACACACAUUUAAUCCUAGCAUUCCGAAGGCAGAGAUCCCGUCUGAGUUCAAUGUCACACUGGAAAUAGCCAGGCAUUAACCCCAGGAAGUGAUGGCAGGAAGCAGAAAGGUAUGUAAGACGUGAGGACCAGGAACUAGAGUCUGUUAAGCUUUUAGGCUUUUGAGCAGCAGUUCAGCUGAGAUCCAUUUGGAUGAGGACUCAGAGGCUUCCAGUCUGAGGAAACAGGAUCAGCUGAGGAAUUGGCAAGGUGAGGUUAGCUGUGGCUGGUUCUGUCUCUCUGAUCUUCCAGCAUUCACCUCAAUACCUGACUUCAGGUUUGAUUUUAUUAAUAAGACCUUUUAAGAUUCAUGCUACAAGAAAAAUUUUAAUUAGAAAGUACAUUUCUUUAACGGGCGUCGAGCUAUCUGAUUUUCUCUUCUGGUUUUUGUUUGGAUAAUUUGAAUUUUUCAAGGAAUUUCUCCAUGACUUCUAAAUGGUUAAAUUAAUUAGUGCAAACGUUUCCGAAUCCCAUCCGGCCGUGUCUCAAUGUGUAUGGGAGCUGUGGUGCCAUCCUCUGUCACUCUUAAUGUUAACUGUUUUUAUUUCCUCUUUCCCCCUUGAUUAUUUUUCUCAAUUGUCGCUUUGUUCUAUUUUAUUGAUUUUUUAUUAUGUUUCUUAUUUCUUUGUUUCGAUUUGCUCAGGGUUUAAUUUUCUCCUCUUUUUUGUGAAGUGAAAGCUGAGAUCUUGAAAGUCAGGAAAAUUUCAAGGAAAUUAAUUCCUCUUUCCAAUAUAAGCUAAAUUUUGGGGUGUGUAUUUUAUUCUAAGUGCUGGCAUAGUUACAUCACACACAUUCCUCUGUGUUGUAAUCACUGUUAUUCAAUUUGGAAUGUUUUCUAAUUUUCCUAGUGACUUCUUUGACCUGGGUUAUUUAAAAGUCUGCUGUUUCAUUUCAGAACAUUUGAACAUGUCACACAUGUCUUUCUUUCGUGUUUCCAGUUUAAUUCUAUUGUUGUUACUAAGCCUGUGUGUUAGAUCUCGGCUUUUCGAAUUUAUUUAGACUCACUUUAUGGGUCCAUUGUGUCAUCUUUUCUGGUGAGCUCUGUGCUCACAAAGAGAAGCUUUACACUUCUGUUAUGUGUACUUUUGUGGUGCUGGGGAUCGAACCCGGGCCUUGCAUGUGCUGGGCAGGUGCUCUCCCGGUGAGCUACUCACCUAGCCUCUGAUGGACUGUUUAUCAGCAGCAGUCAAGUUGUGUAGUUAGAGUGCUUGCCUUCCUGGUUCAGCUUGCUCUAUUGGUUACUGAGAGGCAUUGCCAUGUCCAGCUCCGAUGAUCAGCCUCGCCCCACAGUUCUGCGAGGGGCGGGUCUCUGCGUGUGUGUGCAUUCCUAGAAUUAGAUGGCUAAAGUUGAGAAUUCCUGUUUUUCUGAUCAGUGACAAUUUUCUUACUAAAACAUAUCCUUUUUAAUCUCCUUACCUUGUCUGAUAUUGCUAUGCCACAGUGGAUCCCUUCCCCGCCCCAUUAUUUUUUCCUGUUUACAAUGUAUGUUUCUCCAUCAUUUCACUUUCUGUUUAUCUCUGCCUUUUUAAAAGGUCAGCGGAUCUCUUCUAGGCAGUGUUUGGGUCUCACUUUUGAUGUUUCCCUUUAAUUGUGACAGUCUCACUCACAUGUAAAGUAAACACUAGCAUAAUGUCAGUCACCCGUCUCUGUAUUUUCCGUAUUCACUGCAUCUUUGUUCAUUCCCAUUUCUCCUUUCCUGCCUUCUUUUUUCUUUCUUCCUUUUCUUUUCUUUUUUUUCCUUCGAGACAGGGUUUCUCUGUGUAGUUUUGGUGCCUAUCUUGGAUCUCACUCUGUAGCCCAGGCUGGCCUCGAACUCACAGAGAUCCACCUGUCUCUGCCUCCCGAGUGCUGGGACCUUCAUGACCCAGUUACUUUCCAAAGGACCCAGUCACAAAGACCAUCCCAAAGUGCACUAUGUUUCAGCACGAAUUUUGGUGAGGACACAAACAUUCGGACCACAGUAGGAGUGUUUCUUGGAAUUUUGUUUGUUCCUUAUCUGUUGUUUGUUUUUGUUUUGCUUUUAAAAAUAUUGAUUGGAAGGUUCUUUUUCUAAAUUAAAUAGUUAGUUAAUUAAUACAUUUCAGAUGAGUGGGUAUUUGGUCUGCAUGUAUGUCUGUGCACCAUGUGUGUGCGGUGCCAGCGGAGGCCAGAAGAGAGUGUGAGAUCCUCUGGAACUGGACUGUGGAUGGUUGGAUUGUGAGCUGCUGCCGUGUAGGUGCUUGGAAAUGAACUCGGGUCCCCUGAACAGCCAGUGUUCUCAUCCACUGAGCCAUCUCUCCAGUCCGGAUUGCUUUGUUUGUAUUGCUGUUUCUUUACCUUUGGUUUUCAGACUUUGGCUAUGAAGUUCCUAGAUACUUGCAGUUUCCCAAGUGCCUUGGAUCUGGAGUUUGAUACUGUUCACCAUGUUUGGAUAAUUUGGACUGGUGUUUUUUCAAACAUCUUUUUCUGCUCAGUUCUUUCUUCCCAUGCCCCCAUGGAACUCCAUACCUAUUAGACGACAAAAUUGUCCCAUUCACUGAGGUUUUUUUCAUUUUUUUAAACUUCCCUUCAGGUUGGACCGUUUCUACCUUCCUUCAAGGUCAUAGUCAUAUAAUCUGAAGUCACCAAUCUGCUGCUAAACCCAGCUAGUAAAGUUCUCACCUUAUAAUUACACUUGCAUUUUAGGGAUUUCCAUUUAGUUCUUUUUUUUUUAAUUGUUUCAUCUCUGUGCUGAGACUCCAUAUCUGUUUGUUCAUUUUAAGCAUCUUUUACUUAGGUCAUCAAAUGUAUUUGUGGUACCUACUUGACAGUCCUUAUCUAAUCAUCUCAACAGCCAAGUGGUCUUGCUUCUCUCUCUCUCCUUUACUGUUCUAGUUUGGGUCAUAAUUUUCCAUCUCUUUGUGUGCCUAGUGUUAUUUCACAGUACAUUAUGUACGCCAAGCACUCAGGUCUAUAUCCAAGUGUAGCACGUAAAGAAUGUCAACUUUGCCUGGGAAGUUUGAUCCAUUCUCGGUCUGUCAGGCCCAGUCCUGUGCUUUGUUGGGGCAGAUUUAUUUUGGAUGUGAACUUGGGAUUGCCUGGAUUGUAUGAUGUGAUCUUCAGGUUCCUAUUUCUAAAGCAGAGACUAUUCCCAAGAACAGUUUUACCACAGUACUAACUAAGUCCUAGUCUGGAACUCCAGUGUAUCUCCAAGGAUUGUGUAUCUCCGGUGUUUCCACUCACCUCACAUCCCUGCAGCAUCAAUUUCUGCUAAGUCUCAAGAAGACUUGUUCUGAGCAAGUGCAUCUCAGCCCUUACCGAGGAUACACAGUGAAGCCCUGCUCCGACUCUGGUGUGUCUCUCUGUGUAGGUGCGUCUUUGGUCCCUGGAAUCAAAACUCCCAGCCAUUUUAGCAGUCAGGACUAUAAUCUCUGCCUGGCUUCUUCUCCCUAUGCCGUGGCAGGAACAGGUCCCCCUGGAGAAAGUUGGGGUAGCUUCUCUUCUCUUGGUAGCUAUGGUCUUGCGAUGCCCGUUCAUUUCCAUAAAACAGUUGCUUUGUAUGUUUUGUUUAAUGUUAUAGUUCAUUUCGAUGGCAGUGUAAGUCAGGUAUAGUUAUCCGGUUGGUGUGGGAAACUGAAGUCUCUAAACAUAUCUGACAACUAUUUUGAAAGCACAAAUGCUUAUAUGGGAUGCUUGCAGUAAGACUAAACUUCUAUAAAAAUAUAAUCUUUCAUGAUCUUUAGUGACGGCUUUAAAAAGUCUAACACCAUAAUUCACUUACCUAUAGCUGUUAGACCACUUGUGUAUCACACAAGAGAGCCACCACCAAGGCACAGAAGCCUGAGUCAGAAGGAACCCAUCCAUACCUAGGCCUUAGGCAAUGCGAUUUCCUUCCUAUAACCUGAAUUAAGAGGCUCCGUAAUUGUGUUCAGAUGGUAAUUGAUGUUUAGCUACAAAAUCAUGUAGAGCUGGCAAUGGAGUGGAUGGACUUCAGAGCAAGCCAGAGUUUUAAAUGGUUGUGGCUAUAGGAAAGAAAUAAUCAUUUGUCCGCAAUCUGUAGAGUUCAAAGUCGACGCAGAGAGCAGAACAAAUGCUCUGGAAGCAGGGGAAAUGCAGAGUAUUGUUCCAAUAAGUCCUCAUACUGCUUCUACUGUUUAAUCCCAACAAGCGCCUACUGUAGCUUUCCAUAAUGCCCAUUUUAUUUGAUAUGAUUUCAGUAGCUAUUCCUCCCCCACCCCAGCCCACCCUCUGCAGAAGAGUACAUGCUAAGCAGGGAUGCGCUGUAGAGGAAAGGUGUGUGAGGGCAACAUAGACUUGACCCCAGCUAUGGAGGUCAAAGUAGACUUCACUGAAGGACAUAGACAUCAGUUUUAUCUCCACUGAAAAAGGAGCCAAGUAGUGUCUGUGUGGCCUUUAGAUGCCCCGGAAGUACUCUUGGGAGUCCAUAUCAUACAGUCUUUGUAAAAAAAUUCAACUAACCGACCAACCAAACAAAAACCCCUCUAACUUUAGUUUGCAUUCUGUUUCCCCCUUCAUUUAUUGUUUAUCUGCCUCCUGUGUGAAUGCUGAACUCUCUUGUCCUUCACAGUUUUCUGUGUUGAGAGUACUAUGUCUUCUUUUCUUGGUUUUAGUUACAGUUUGGACAGGAAAUAGUUCCCCAAAUACUCAUGUACUGAAGACCUAAUCUUUUUGCAGAGGGGUUCAGAGCUGGGGCCUUUGAGAUGUGCUUGGAUGGUGGGGGUACUAACCACAUCAAUACUGACCCAUGGAUGGUUUCAUAACUGAAGGGGAUAUUCAGAGAUGGUGGGGCCUAACUAAGAGGAAGCAUGUUUCUGCUGAGAGUCUCCCUUUGAAGGGUAUCCUGGGUCUCCAACCCACUCCUAUUGGCGGAAAUGUUAAGGCAACUCCACGUAGUUAAAAGGGAGGUUUAUUUUGUGGGGUAACUUACAAGUGAAGGGAUAGGUUACAGGGUCUGGGAAAGGUGUAGCGCAGUCCGGCGGUGUUCUCUGGAGAACUCUGCUCAGUCUACCUCCAGUGUCCAGGAUCCAGGAACCAAGAAAGCCAGCCCAUCUGGAUCUCAGGUCUUAAGGGCUCCUGUCUUAGCCCCGCCUCAUAGGUGUGACAGUUACUGGAAGUCUCAAUGAGGGUAGUACUUCCAGGUCAAAGCUGGAACAGCUACCCGCUACACACUCCUCCGUGGCUCUCUGUCUCUGUUUUCUGGCUGCCAUGGAGUAAGCAGCUCUGUUUGACUGAGUCCUUCUGCCAUGAAAUCCCACCUCCCCACAAGCCCAAGCUAUGUUUCUUGAACAUUUUGUCACAGCAAUAGAAAGCUGACUGCCACAGGUGUAUAUGCUAGUUCAGGCAAAGGGCUGCAGUUAAAACUUACAAAAGCAUGCUGUUAAAAAAAAAUGUAUGGAAUUAGUCGUAUUUUUAUGUCUCCCUGGCUGACUCUUUGGUGAUUCUUUUAUGCCUCUCAGAUGUAGAACUAUGUUAGGGUCACAGCAGCACUAAAUGGGGAUCUCAACAUUGGGUCUUAACUCCAGCUUGUCUGGUUCCUUUGUGGCCCCCCGCCCUGCAUCUUGCUUCAUUUCUUCAGUCUGUAGAGACAGCACCGAAGGUCUUAAUCCUUACUUCAUCUCAAAAUAUCAUUAUGGAAACUAAUGAGAUCAUAUUCAUAAGAGGAUUUGAUUUCUCCGCUGUGGCAAAACAUCAAAGAAUGAAAAUCCACCCAGCAAUUGUUGCCAUAAUAAUUACAGUAAACAACAGGACAUCUAGAGAGAGAAGCAGUUCCCCACUUUUUCUGUAAUUGUAAAGGAAAUUGAGAGGCAAGAAGAUGGUGAAGAAAAGGAGGUCAGCCUGGGUGUGACUGGCGUGACACCUGACUCUCCUUUGAAAGUAGGUGGCGUCAGGAGCGUCUUGGAAGCUCCUCAUCUAAUCUGUGGCCACAUGCCCCCGUCACUGGCCUCCUGAGAAAGCCCCAUAGAAAGCAGCUCUGUCCUCAGUAACGCCUUGUGUGUGUCUAGGGGGCGGGGUAAAUGGUGACAUCUGGUGUAAUGGCGGGAUAGCUCAGUUUGAACAAUCGAUUCCUGUGCCUGGAUCUCGGAGUAGAAGACAGACCAGAACAGUAUUAAGUUGGAAAUCCCCAGUGGAACAAGGGCGGCAUCUUACAGGUUCGAGACGGCCAGUGCUUAUGUGCAGAAAGCAUUCUGACUUGCUGUGGCAGAGGUCUCAGGCCUCACUCACUGCAUGGGGGCCGAUGCUGGCCUUGAAAGGAAAAGCUGGGGCCAGGAGGCAACCAACUAUCAUAAAAGUAAUUAAUUGUUCUACUUUUUAAUGGUCUGGCAAGACUGCCUUUUGAAAAAAAAUGAAUCACACAAACGGGACCACGAUGCCAGACAGACUGUCCAUGGGGACGUAAAAGACUAGUCCCUGCUAUAAAUCAUGAUAAUGAGUUCAUUUUUAAGCUGGUUUAUGAGGUUGAGAAGUGCGGUGUCACAUUAUUUUUUCCCUAAAUCUCUCACUGCCUCGAAUGCUUUUCAGAAUUCAGAGGCUAACAUUUCCUUUCACAGCCUCCUUCCAGCUCGAGUGGCCGUUGUUUUACCAAUCGGGGCUCUCUCCAAAGAUGGUUUUAGCACAUGGUUUCAUGACUCAGCUGAAACCGAACAAGGCCCCAUUGUUGGCUUUGUUUUCACGCCAGCGUUAUUGACAAGCUCUGCCUAACUCUUGGGAAAAGGUCUGUCGUCUGACCAAGCUACUAUGGAAACCUGAUCCGGGCCGUUUAGAAGCCUAAUGCCUGCCCUCUAGAAUUUGUGAAGAAUUUCGAGGCCAGUCAAACGCAGCUCAGAAAAUAUUCAUCAGGGCAGAGGGUACAGCUUGUUCACACCAUUUCACUUUUCAUCUCAAAUCAGCUGUGCAAAUAGACUCACUGGCCCAGGGUGAAGGCGGUACUGCCCGUGGGGUCAUUGUAAACCAUGGAGAUUUCAUUUAUUUCAUUUCUACAUUAUUCUGACUAGACAGGGACAGGACAUGGAAAAAACAAGAGCUUGGCCUCUUUGUAAAAUUUUUUCAAAGGAAUUCUCCCCUUGAAAACUGAUUAGUAGAGAAAUACUGUAUCUAACUGCUCCACACCAGUAAAUAGAUCCUGCAGGUUUGAAAGAAGAGGCCGGAGUACAGUCAUUUUUCACCCUCCCAUGAGACCCCCUCCCUUCUUUAGAAACCAACCUGAGGAGAAGGCGAAUGCUGGGAACGAUGAAAGACUCUGUGCUUGUGCUUGGGAACCUCACCUGCCGUCUCUAGGGAGACGUAGGAAAAACGUUCUGCACUAUGUCUUGUGAAGGUGUCGAGUCACUGAAUUUUCUUAGGCAUUUGCUUGCUCACUGUUGAGUGAGCCUUUAAAGGACAGAGGCGGGUUUACGUGUAAAUUUCAUCUCAGUGAAAUAAGUAUUACAAAAUGUACCAUGCGGUUCGUCAUCGUUACUGGUGAGUCGUAUGUCUUUCCUCCACUCCUUCACGCUAGUUAAAUAGAUGGUGUCAUUAAUGUUGGUACAAAAAACAAGCACGGAAAGAGGAGUUUAACGCCCCAGCAUCAUUUUGUCUUCCUCCAGUGGACAGGCGCUGGUCAUUCCAAGCCCAAGAGACAAAUGACGUUGGCGUGGUUUAGACUUUCUCAGAUUUUUUUUUUCUGGGGAAAGUGCAGUUCUUCUCCCACCCAGGCUUUUGUUACAGAGUCAAGAAAAAGGCCCAGGGCUUCAGGGAGGUGAUGAGAUUCCCACAGACUCAAUGAGAGGCAGAUUCUGGGGCUGGAGGGAAGAUAGUUGGAUUAUAAAAUCAUUGACUGAUUCAGUCAGCAGUCUUUAUUAUCUACCAGAGGGGGUUCCAGAGGUUGGGGCUACACCCCAACCAAAAAAGACAAAGGUUCCUGCCCUCCCAGAACUUAAAUUCUAGUGGGAACAGUAGAAACAGAACGGAUACAUAAAUACAUAAAUAAUAAAAGGUGGAGCAUUAGAAGGGCGCGGUUCUUGUGUCAACAAGGAACACUAGGGUAGGUCCACUUAAGUAGUACACUCCUGGGGUGAUUUGAAGGGAAUGCUAGAGCUCACCAUCAGGAUAGGGGAGGGAAGCCUCCAGAUGGAAGGGGCAGACUGAACAGAAGCCCUUAGACAAGAGCCUAUGGGUGCAUCUGAGUACAGAGGCUAGAGGGACUGAGCAGAGCGGGCAAGGGGGAGGGGACAGGAGAGGACGUCUGAGGUGAUUGGAUGGGGCAGAGUGAAAAGGGAGUGUGGCCCCUGUAAGGACUCUGGCUUUUCCUGGGCGCAAAAUGGGCUACGGUCAGCUCUUUGGAAAGCAUCCUUUCAGCUGCCCCAACAACAGACUCUAGAAGGAUGAGGAUGAAGCAGGGAGACUAGUAAGAAAUGAUGUAUGGCCUCAGGCCACAGGGGUCACAGCCACAGAGGGGGAGAGUUCUGACUAAUGCUAAAGGCAAAAGCCAAACACCUCCUUGAUGGGCCCUGAGAGGGUGAGUGCCUCUAGCUCCAGAAUAUCCUGGUAGACUGAGUCUGGGAGGAAAAUCUCAUUGGCCAGCUGCCACCACGGACAGGCUACAGCAGCAGUGAUAGGAACGGCAGCUCCAUCCUGGUUGGCUCGCCUUGGUCCAGACCAUCCUGUUCUCCUGUCUUGUCCUCUCCAUUUCUCCUGCUGACCCAGAUACUGGGUGGUACGGCAAAAUAAUACCCAAGUUACUCUUUUAUGGCUUAUUUCUGUAUCCUGAAAGUAGAUCUACAGCAUGUACCGGCAGUUGUUGAACUGGGUGCUGAGCCUUGGAGUCUGGGGCUCAGGCUUUGGUUUGUUCAUCCAGGCUGGGAUCUCCGUUUGGUACCCCAUGAUGGACUUAGUCCAAUCCUGCCAACAACAGACUCCCAGAUAAAAAUGAUUUUAGUUCCAUUUUACGGCUGAGGAAAUCAGGGCGCAAGGGGCUGUCAUAGAUUGCACAUGAGUCAGGGGUGAGCCAUGUUCUUGAGUAUGUGGGGCCCAUGCUACUCUCUAAAAUUGUUCUGUAAAAGUCCAGGAAAUAACUGUGUACAUUUCUGAGGGUCUUGUAGUCUUUGUCACAAUUACUCAAUUACACAAUUACAAUGAAACAGUGAUUGCAAAUACGUAAGCAAACAAGAACAGCAUUGAUCCAAUAAGACUUGAUUUGUGGAUGUUGAAACUUGAAUUUCAUGUAAUUUUCUUUGUUUUUUUCGAGACAGGGUUUCUCUGUGUAGCCUUGGCUGUCCUGGAACUCGCUCUGUAGACCAGACUGGCCUCAAACUCAGAGAUCCCCCUGCCUCUGCCUCCUGAGUACUGGGGUUAAAGGCGUGCACUAGCAUAUAUUUUCAUGUCAUGAAAUAUUAUUCUUUUGACUUUCCUCCAACAAUUUAAAAGUAUAAUCACCAUUUGUAACUCAGACAUUAUUUAAAAAGCAUGGGCUGUGGACUCCUGUCCUUAGAAAGAUCUAAGAAUUUUCUGAAACAGUGUGUCAAUGAGAGUCUGGUUCUCAUAACUAUGGGAUUUGGAGAAGAGGAAACAGAGGCCCACAGGAGAUGCUGCUCGCCGAGAGCCUCGGUGACUACUGGGUCGCCAUCAUGGGCUUCCUGUUGGCUGUUUCCUCUCCUUUCACUGCUGCCUGCUGUCUCUGGAGUGCUGAGGGUAACCACAUCCCAGGACCUUGUCAGAGUCCAUUCUGACCUUUAGUGUGCUCAGUUCAGGCAUCUUAGUUUAAAAAAAAAAUCUCCACACCAGGAAGGAAACGAAACCUGGGCUCAGAGGAACCAAAAAGAGGACAUGUGUGGGGCUUAGUUGCGCAUCUUUCAGGAGCCAUAUCUUCAGCAUGAACAAAGUAAUCGUCUCCUGCUAGUCGGUCUGCCUUGACUGUAGCCAACUCAGUAUUUUCUCAUUGUCUAGCUCACGCAGAACUGGAGCUCACACAGAACUGGAGCUCAUGCAGAACUGGAGCUCACACAGAACUGGAGCUCACACUGAGUGGAGCUGGAGCUCACGCAGAACUGGAGCUGGAGCUCACACAGAACUGGAGCUCACACUGAGUGGAGCUGGAGCUCACGCAGAACUGGAGCUCACACUGAACUGGAGCUCACACAGAACUAGGGUGGCCUGUCGACACAGCUUCUCUUAGUUAGUCUAUGGUGAGGGCUCCUCAGCUGGGAGCGACUCAGAACCUACAACACCUGCUGGAUUAGAAUCUUCCCAGGAUGGAGAAGAUGAAGAGUGAUCAUGGCCCUUCUGAUUCCACACUAAUUGCAAAUUCUAAAACCAAUAUGGCUAUCCUGAUCUUUUUCUCAUGUCCUCUCAUGUAUCCUAAUUUAAGUAUUUCUGUCUGGUUGGCUUUUGUUUUUGGUCAAAUCAACUGAUUAAAAUCAUCAAAUGAA